AAUAAAAAGUCUACAGUUAUGUUCACCCUAGACUCAUUUCUAAACCUGGAUGAAUAUUAUUUGAAUUGAAUCGAUUUUUUAGGCGUCUUACAGUACACAUUUAUGCUGUCAUCACUCAGCCGCCACAGAGGGCUGCGGCACCGCAACACUCACAGCGGAAGUGCUGCGAGCCAGGAAACACACACGGUCAUGAUCUGGAGGGGAGCCGCCUGCUAACCCGACACCGCUAGUCCACCCUGACACACACAUUCAGGGAGACAUGGGAGGCUCUCAGAGCGUCGAGAUACCGGGAGGAGGAACCGAAGGCUACCACGUCCUUCGAGUGCAGGAGAAUUCCCCAGGGCACCGUGCAGGACUGGAGCCAUUCUUUGAUUUCAUCAUUUCCAUUGGUGACACUAGACUGAACAAAGACAAUGACACCCUAAAAGAGCUGCUGAAGAUGAAUGUGGAGAGGCCCGUCAAGAUGCUGCUAUACAGCAGCAAGACAAUGGCAGUGAGGGAGGCGACUGUCACACCCAGCAAUAUGUGGGGCGGCCAGGGGCUUCUGGGUGUCAGCAUUCGCUUCUGCAGCUUUGAAGGGGCCAAUGAAAAUGUUUGGCAUGUCUUGGAAGUAGAGCCAAACUCACCUGCAGCCCUGGCUGGUUUGAGGGCCUACGCUGACUACAUUAUAGGAGCCGACAGUGUCAUGAAUGAGAGCGAGGAUCUGUUCUCCCUCAUUGAAACCCAUGAAGGGAAGGAGCUGAAGCUGUACGUCUACAACACAGAUACAGACAACUGCCGCGAGGUGGUCAUCACUCCAAACUGUGACUGGGGUGGAGAGGGCAGUCUCGGAUGUGGGAUUGGCUAUGGCUACCUGCACAGGAUACCCACACUGCCAUUUGCAGAGGGCAAGAAGAUCAGUUUCCCUGCACAACCUACUAAUGAACUCGCUCCUCCACCUAAAGAUGGAUUCACAGAGGUCCAUCUUUCUGCUGUCAUUCCAACUGUUCCAGUUGCUGUGUCGUCUUCUGCGUCGACUGGAUUAGAGCAUGCUCUCGCUGGUUUGUCAGUCCGCUCUAACCCAACCACUGUCAUUAGUGAUCUACAGACAGGAGCUCCUACAGUCCCACUGCCCACCCAGGUCCCCUCCUCACAAACCGUUCCCCUGUCUGUCAAUCCUGCUCCAACAAUACCAGGCUUAAUGCCCUUACCCAGAGGUCUUACACCACUUCCUAAUUUACCAAACCUCAAUAUCACCUUGCCAGACAUGGGCCACGUAUUGCCACCUGGAGUUGGAUUACAACAUCCAGGUCUUCAACCUCUUCCUCCUUUCAACAUCCCCACUGUGGCACCUGGUUUUAAACUGCCCCCAUCUGACUUGAUUCUGCCCCCCUUCACUGCUAAAGCAGUUCCUGCUGUUACACAAAAUACCACAUCUGCCUCUUCCACUAUCCAAACGAACAUGUCAAUGACCAAAACCCCAAUCCCAUCAUCAGUGACCACCUCUGAAUCAAUAAAUAUCACAAUGUCUGUAGACUCAUCUUAGCAAAGAGCACCAUUUGAGGUUGUCAACUGGCUCUUAAGUCUUACAUGCUGUAGACAGUCUAUUAGCUGCACCAAUCUGUUGACAAAUUGCUCCUACACACCACUACGAUUGUUGUACGAGAGCUCCAGUAUCUUAAGGAUACUAGAAUCACACUGCUGGUCUUCUCACAAGCAGCAAAACCCAAGAAGAAUUACAAGUAUCAUUCAAAUGUUUUAGCAGAGAAUAAAUAUACACUCUGCAGCAGAACAACUUUUUAAAAUAGUUCACAACUGAAUCAUAGUUAAAGGAGUGUUAACAAAAACUAUGUGAACUUUUUGAACUUGGCAACAAGUGUAAAGUAUGUGGGGAACAGGUUACAUUUAAAGUGUACAAGUCAGUAUCUUUGCAUUUUUAGGCAUCAAACUACUGAAGGUCUUCAGGGGAAGAUGGGGCUGUAACUGCUACCGGGGAUUUAUCUUUAGAUAAGCAGGUUUGCUUGCUGCUGUAGCUAUUAAAUAUUAAAUGGUUUUGGUUUUGUAUAAAAAAAUAAUUUGUAAAGUCAGACAAGGUUAACUUGAUUAAACUUAUGUAUUUUCUCUA